AUGGGCCUCCUAUCACAACUCACCGUCGUCCUUGCAGCGGCCACACACACCGCGCUCGCAGCCCCUGCCCCGGCCGACGUUUCCGGCGCGGACAUCGCGACCCCUCGCAUCACAAGCAUCACCUUCUCCGGCAACGGGUGCGCCCGCGACCCCAAGUUCAGCGGCAACUUCAACAACCCGUCCGUCACAUUCACCGACUUCGCGGCCGCCUCCCCGGGCGCCAACCAGACGCUCAACUGCGAGGUGCACCUGCAGGCGACGGGCGCCAGCCCCGGGUGGCAGGUCGCGCUGAGUCGCAACACGGUCAAGGGCUACGUGGUGCUGCCGCCGGGCACGGCGCUCAACUACUACACGACGAGCUACUUCAGUCAGGACGCUGGCAAGACCUGCACCCUGCGCGGCUCCGUCUCCAACACCGGCUCCGGCACGGUCAACCAGGGCGUCACGCUGGUCAGCAGCGCCGGCGGCGACAAGGCGUGGUCGCCCUGCACCGGCAGCGACGGGUACACGGGCAUCCUGAACGUCAACUUCCGCGGCGCCCUGACCGGCGAUGGGCGGGCCUACUUCGAGGCGCAGACCGAGGAGUGGGAUCUUGAGUGGAGGCGGUGCUGA